AAAGCCUCGGCCAAGAAAUGGCUCGCUGUCAACACAAAACAGGAUAUCCUGACCUGACCUGCCACCGGUAUCGUUAUAGCUCGAGCUAAAAGUUACUUUCGCUUGGGGGCCCUAUUGCGAGGCUGACAGGCACUUCGCCUGCCUCAAACUGCUGGAGACAAAUGAUCUCCUCCCUCAUAGCCUUCGUCCUCUUCCGACACAUCUUUCUCCGUAUCACAUUACGCCAGCAGCCUGCCACCAAACACCUCCCACCAAAGACGCAAACCCUCCUCGCCAACCACCUCGCCUCCUUCCUCCACGCCGUCUGCUCCUCCUACCUCGUUCUCUCCACUUUCGCCUCCCACCCAGACCUCUUGACAGAUUUGCAGGGUCUGAAGGCCAACCACUGGGCGCUGGCUGCGUCACGGACGACUGUGGCUUUUUCGGCGGGGUAUUUCAUCGCCGAUUGCUGGGAUAUGGCCGUGACGGGGGUGUAUGGCCGCAAUCUGGGGAUAUGGGCGCAUCACAUCGUCACGGUGGUGUGCUACUCCGCGGCGCUGCAUAAGUGCGCUCUGACACCCUACUUGGUUUUGACGCUACUCGUGGAGUUCAACUCCAUUUUCAUACACGUGCGCAAGAUCUUGGUCUUGUUCUACAACGGGUUCGAUCACCUGCCGGCCACGGCCGCUACGGCGUACAAGUUUGCCACGGCGGGUCUGUCAGCGACGUAUGUCCCGACCCGCAUCCUGGCGAAUUUGUACAUCACGUACCAGGUCGGCAUCCAGGACCGACCGAACUGGGCGUUCCCAGCUUAUACCUGGUGGAUGGCUUUCUUGGGGAUGGUCCUCGUGAACUACUACAAUGUCAUCCUGUGGAAGCAAUUGCGAAGUACAUUGCGGAAGGAGAAGGUGGCUUUGGCCCUGGCCAGUAUCAAGAAGGACGAUGACGCCACGGCUGAUGCUCCACAAGGUGCAGUUGCUGAAGCCGAGGGCAACGACGCUGGGGAGUUCUUGAGUUAGUCUAGUAAUCAGAUGGUAGCUCUUCCGCCAUUUACUUAGUUGUGUAUCAUAUCCUUUCAAGUAGAUAUUCUGCAGUUUCUUUCACAUGUCUUUGACAGCGUGCCGCCAUCCAAACAAGAUUCCGA